AUGGCUCCAAAAUCACAACCAGAUCGCCCUUUUUGUGCAUGUUCUAAACCUGUUAGGUUAUGUUAUUUUGUGAAGAAGGAUCACCCGAGGCAUCGUGAUCGUUAUUGGGGUUGUCCAGAGAGGUCUUGUGAACAUUUUGAAUGGGUAGAUCCGUGCCCAAAAAGAACAACGAGUUCACAGGACGUACAAUCGAGCUUCUUUACUUAUAAACAAAAAAGUGGCGAACAGUCUUUGAAAAGUACCUUUAACACGGUUCAAAAAAACGGGACAAAUGCAAAGUCUAUCAGCGAUAUUGGAAACAAAUAUUCUUUGAAUAAUGAUCAAGAAGUUCGAACAAGCACACAAGGUACACAGAAUGAGCCUUCAUCAUUAAGUGCAUCUUUGUCGUCAAAUGUUGUUCCCAAGGAAAAUGCGGUUUUCAAUGCCCUCUUCACUUCAACUAGCAUCAGUCUCGAAAAACUGUAUAACACGUUACCAUCAGAUGAAAAAUUUGGCAAAAAGUAUAAUUAUCCCAUAAAAGUUACUUUUAGUUUAGACGAUGAUGAACAUUUCAUAGUAAGAGGAUAUCAUCAUGUCCUCAAAGAGUAUUGGAGAACUCGAAAAGGUGCCAGUUACGAUUCAACUAGAAGAGGAUGGAUCAUCCCAAUGACAGAAUACGAAAAUUCCGUCAAGGAAUUGAAAGGGUACGAAAAAUUACCCACGACGAUCGCGGAAAUCUCCGGGUAUGUUGAAAAGGCGAUCGAAUUCAGGGCCGCCAAACCUCGUGUUGAUGAAUGUGAGGUUAAAGAAAGAAUUGGGAGCCUCUGGGAAGCGUUGCUACCACAUCAAAAAGAAGGAGUAAUAGAAGCUAUUUCUAGAAAUGGUCGAGUUUUGCUCGGCGACGAUAUGGGUCUUGGAAAAACAAUCCAGGCGCUUGCCAUCGCGGAAUACUACAAGGAUGACGGGAAAGUCCUUGUUAUCUGCCCUGCUUCGGUUGCCGGAAACUGGCAGGUCGAGAUCAAGAAAUGGGUUGGAGCUAAAGAUGAAGAAAUAUGGUUCGUAAGAAAUGGAAAGGAAGUGAAUCAAGAUCAUGCGCGUUUUACGAUCAUCUCCUAUGAAUUGGCAAAAAGACGCCAAGGUUGGAUAGGACGAUUCCAAAUCGUGAUCGCUGACGAAUCUCAUUCUCUCAAGGAUCGUCAAUCGGAACGGACGAAGAAGCUUUCCCCUCUUAUGAGAAAGUCAAAGAGAGUAGUCCUUCUUUCAGGCACACCAGCAGAAUCAAGACCAGUAGAGCUUUUUGCUCAGAUCAAUAUUGUUGCCCCACUUCUAUUCCCUAAUUAUGAUCAAUAUAUAAAGCGAUUCUGUGGUGGAGAAAAGAAGAUCAAUAGGGAUGGAAGGGAAUAUAUCGAUACAAAAGACGCUAAAAAUACGGAAGAACUUCACUGGCUCCUAAACUCGACCGUUUUGAUUCGAAGGAAAAAAGAAGACGUAAACUUGAAUUUACCAUCAAAGACUCGACAGAUAAUUCACGUGGAGAUUCCUGCAACAUCCAAAAGGGAGUUACGAGAUUUGAAAGAAAGAGCAAAGGUAGAUAAACGGGCCAACUUUUUGAAAUUAUAUGAGGAAUCAGGUAGGGCCAAAGUCCCAGCCAUUCAAGAUUAUUUACUUAGUCUUAAGGAUGAUUACAAAAAGUAUAUCGUAUUUGGUCACCAUAAAGAUGUAUUGGAUCAGAUUUGUUAUGUCUUGCGUAAAGAUCAAAUCAGAUUUAUAAGGAUUGAUGGUCAAACAGAUGUUAGAUUGAGACAAGAUUUUGUUGAAAAAUUUCAAAAUGAAAGGGAAAUUAAGUUCGCGGUUUUGUCUCUUACUGCAGCGAGUACUGGCUUAAACCUUCAAUCUGCUGAUGGUGUUAUAUUUGCGGAAUUAAGUUGGAACCCGUCAACGCUUGCACAAGGAGAAAAUCGAGCACAUCGUAUUGGAAGGAUCGGCGACGUAGAAAUCAAGUAUAUCAUCGCCAAAGAUACUUUGGAUUUGGUUCAAUGGCAAAUGUUAAAGAAAAAAUCAAAGGUGCUUGGUAUAAUUUUCGACAAUGAAGAUAGCAUCCCUUUGGAUGAAAUAAGUGAGGAAGAUUAUUGGAUGAUUGAAGCAUUUGAUAAAGAAAUGGUAAAUCAAGUCAAUGAAAUGAAUACCGCUAAAAGUGAAGGUAUCAAAAUGGAUUCCGAUAUCAUUGUAUCAGACGAAAAUAAAGAAAUGGUCACAAAUUCAACGGAAACUCUAGACAAUAAUAGCGACGAGAAUCAUGUUCCUUUGAUGGAACUUACGACAGAUUCUAUUGUUAUUAAAUUAGGCGAUGAUAAUGAAAAAACUGCCACAAAUCCAGCAGGAGCUCCCACCAAUUUCGAUAUGAUGGCCGAUAAUCUCGACUGGGAUUUUGACAAGGAUUUGAGCUUGAAUUACUUAGAGGUUGACAAUAAUGUAUUAUCUAAAAAUUCUACAUUUACUUUAAUGGACGGAGGCAUGAAUCUUUUGAAUGAAAAUCCAAUAGUAGAUUUCAAGACAAUCGCUGAUGAUCGUGACCAAAGAAACUUAAUUCAAGUAAAAUCGAUUACAAAUCCCACAUUUAUUGUUCUUGAUGACGAAAAGGCUGAAUAUCCGGUAAAACACUUCAAUGACGAUAUUGAUAACCAAGGUUCUCAAGAAGAAACUUUCAAAGAUCAUUCAAUAAUAAACAUUUUGGACGAUGACGAUUUCACAGCAUUUACAGGUCAUACAAAUGAUCAAGAUUCGACUUUGAUGACGAAUCAUGUUAAAAAAGCGGAAAGUAACGGCAAACCUGAUCGGUCAAACGCAUCAAGUUCAUCAGAAAGACCUGCUUUCAGGAAAAAAUACAAGAAUGAACUGGACAGCCUUUUCGAUCAAAGAUAUAACAUAUCAGGUGAAAUUUCAACCAAACAAGAAAAUAUAUAUGUUUCAAAUGUUUUACUCUUUACAGAUGAAUUUGCAAAUGGAACAUUUAAUCCCCGAAGGAAUUUAUCAGGUUCACGGAAUAAACGUAACUCUGACGUCUAUGCCGAGGAAAGUCAAAAAUGUGAUAAAGAGUCGAAGAAAAUUCGACUUGAAACAGAUCAAGAGACUUCUAGGACACGGCAAAGGAUAACAACCACUUAUAUUGACCCAACCCAAGUUACUGAUUUUCAAGUAUUGUCACAAGUUAAACGUCGCCCAAGAAAGCCAAAAACUUACAUCAGAAGCUCAAAUAAUGCUAUGAAAUGA